ACCCACCAUGCCGUUCGCGCAGCUGGUCAUCGGCCCGCCCGGCGCGGGCAAGUCGACGUACUGCGAUGGCAUGCAGCAGUUCAUGGCGGCCAUCGGGCGCAAAUGCUCCGUCGUAAACCUCGAUCCCGCAAACGGCCAUAGCUCGUAUCACCCGGCCUUGGACGUCAGAGACUUGGUCACAAUAGACGACAUCAUGGAGCAGGAAGCGCUUGGCCCAAAUGGCAGUAUUCUGUACGCGCUGGAGGAGCUGGAGCACAACUUCGACUGGCUAGAGGAGGGCUUGAAGCAGCUCCGAGAUGACUAUAUCCUGUUCGACUGCCCUGGCCAGGUCGAGCUCUUCACGCACCAUUCCUCGCUGCGGAACAUCUUCUUUCGCCUUCAAAAACUGGGGUAUCGACUAGUCGUCGUACACCUCACCGACUCCAUCGUGCUCUCGCGACCCUCUCUAUACGUGUCCUCGCUGCUGCUUGCGCUGAGAAGCAUGCUGCAGAUGGAUCUCCCGCACCUGAACGUGCUCACCAAGAUCGAUAACCUGAGGAAUUAUGGGAAUCUGCCCUUCAACCUGGACUUUUACACCGAGGUGCAAGACCUCAACUACCUGUUGCCGCAUCUGAAUCGGGAACAGACCUCGGGCAUUCCAGGGCCGACGUCGGGCUCCCCUGAAAUCAAUCGCAACAUGGACGUGGACGUGGACGAGGACGAAGGCGAGCCCGCCUCCAAGUUUGCCGCGCUGAACAAAGCUAUUGUCGAACUGGUCGAGGACUUCGCGCUCGUCGGGUUCGAAACUCUCGCAGUCGAAGACAAAAAGAGCAUGAUGACUCUGCUCCGCGCUAUCGACCGAGCGGGUGGCUAUGCGUUCGGCGGCGCUGAGGGCGCGAACGACACGGUGUGGCAGAUGGCCAUGCGGCAAGAUGCUGUGACCAUGGAUGCAAGAGACGUGCAGGAGCGGUGGCUGGAUCGGAGGGACGAGAUGGACGACGAGGAGCGGCGGGCGUGGGCGGAGGAGAGCAAGGAGAUGGUGGACGCUCCAGGAAGCGGGGCCGCAAGGGGACCCGCGGGGCGCCGCGAUGGGAAGAAGGGCUCCAGGGCAGGUGCAGAGCGGGAAUCUGACGACGAAAUGGGGGAUCUAGAAGAAAUGAGGAAGUUCAUGGAGAACCACGAGGGUAGCGGGGUCAGCAUGGUGAGGAAAUAGAGCCGGUGACUGGCGCGCGGGGGCGAUGCUUGGGACAAAGCGAUACCACAAUUGCAAUGGAAGAUUGAUUCUACUUCAUCUCAUCUGUCUCGAGUAGCAGAAGGCAGUGAUGGGGUUGUGAAUGGGCGCCAGCCUUGG